AUGCUGCUCAAGGCAGGGGCAAGCGUGGUAGCCACGAGUGCUCAGGGUGCCACACCGCUUCACUUCGCAGCAGAGAAAGGGAAUUUGGAGGUGGCGAAAGUGAUGCACGCAGGCGCUGACGUAAACAGCCGCAUGCCCAGCGGAGAGACGCCGUUGUAG